UUUCUGCCCCUCAGUCACUCUCCCUCACCUAUACCUUCAGCCACACUGGACCACCACAAACUUCUCCUCCUCAGCAUCAUAUCUUCUGAGUUCUGAGUGUUCCAUUCCAAUUCCAAGUUACAACUUGGCUGUGUCUAUGGAUCGCGCUCAGCUUCUGUUGCUGGGUGUACCCCUCUUCCUCUUCUGCUCUGACCUCUUCUCCCUUUUCACUCAUCAUCCACCGCCGCCACCCCACCACCACCACCACCACCACCAUCCUCACCCGCCGCACCACCACCACCACCAUCACCACCCACCCCACCACCACCAUCAUCACCCGCCCCACCACCAUCACCAGCCGGUGACAAUAGAUUUCCCUCCCGAGAAACCCACCAACAAUAUUGCAACUCCGGGUCUCGGCAACACUGUCCACAUCAAUUUCUGCUCUUCCUGCUCUUACAAGGGAACAGCAGUGACGAUGAAAAAUAUGUUGGAGAUUGCAUUUCCUGGAACUGAGGUUAUUCUUGCGAAUUAUCCCCCAACGCUUCCAAAGCGUCUGCUAAGCAAAUUGGUUCCAGUUGUUCAGAUUGGUGUUAUAGGGGUUGUUGUUGCAGGGGAACAUAUUUUUCCAAUGUUGGGUUUUGUUGCACCUCCUCCUUGGUAUUACAACUUGCGUGCUAAUAGGUUUGGAACCAUUGCAAGUACUUGGCUUCUUGGGAAUGCCUUGCAGUCAUUCUUACAGAGCUCUGGGGCUUUCGAAGUUUACUUCAAUGGUGAACUGGUUUUCUCUAAACUGAAGGAGGGAAGGUUUCCUGGAGAGAUCGAGUUGAAGGAUCUGAUUACCAAAAAGAUGACAAAUUCUAUACGUGUCAAUGGUGUGUCAGAAUUGACCUCUUAGUGCCUUUGGUGGAGACAUAUUUUGAGCUGUCAUAAAUUAUGUAACUGGGCCUGCCAUUCCACUAUGAAGUAAAGGUUGAUAUAUAGAUAUAAUAGGAUUAUCAUGUUGUAAGGUUUCCAGAUGUAUACUGGAGUAUGAACUUUCUGUAUUGAAAGAACUAAGUGAUUGUUGAAGGCAAAACUCAGUUAAUAGUUUGUGCA